AUGUAUCCAGAUUCAUCAGAGAAAGCAGAACUUCCCAGGAGCCUCAAACAAAUCCCUACCCGUGAAGAGAGAAGCGAAGGUCUCACUUCACCUAAAUCUCUCGACUUGUUGUGUCUGGAGACCAAGUGCCAAAACCAAACAGGGGAGGGAGAGUGUCUUAUCUCCAGUCAUUCUGAUUUUGAUUUGACAGAUGAACUUCAGGGAACAUCUCAUCCUACCAACAUUCAUGAACCAAUAAAGCCAAGCUGCCAGAAAGUUACAGAAACAGGUAACGAAGAACUAACGCCCAAUAGAGAGGAUGACCAGUUACUUUUAGCUUCAGAAGACAGCCAGGGUCAUGCCGAUGGGCAGUUUUUGAGAAAAGCCUUGGAAGAUAAUCCUCAGGCAACCGAUGAGCAGGUCACCCAAGAUUCUUCCCGCCGUCCAAAUUCACCUUCCCUGCCAUUAGCAAACCCCCAGCUAGAUGGUGACUUCUGCUGCCAGCAGAGGGCACCCGGCACAGGUUGUGACACUCUACCUCCGAAACAGCCGGCACGGUCUCCUGUGGCAACCAAUCCUGCCCAUAAGGGCCUGGCUCCGGUAUGUGACAGGCAAGACAAGGAAGGAUUGGCUAUUCCGCAGUCAAGAGGAGCCGGCAAUAAUAAUCAGUCCCAGGGUGAGGUUGGAGCAGAGUCUGUGCUGGAAUCUGAGAGGCAAAACGAAGCGACCAGAGACUCUGAGCCUGGAGAAAAUACCAGCCAACCAGAAGAAGCAGAGAAUCUGACUGGUGCCAACAAACUGGACGAAGCAUUUCCUGACUCUCAAAGCCUGACGGGUACAAGUGAUCCAACUUGUCCCAAAGAGGCAGCUGGCGCAAUGGUUUUAGCCAGUGUUGAAGAUCUGCUAGAUACCAGGAACAGAGCAGACUCUCAAGGUUCAGCUGAUGCCUCUUUAGCUAACGGGUUAGAUAUUGCUACGGAGCAUUCUGGCUCAAAUCCAACACCCAGGAAGGGAUUACUUCUUGAUGCUUCAGACCCCACCGGUACCAGGGAUCUGGUGAGCCCAGAACAUCCAACUCUCACUGCACCUCCCGCUAAGGAACGCUUGGUGACUGAAGAAUCAGGUUGCCCCGCAGACCUGAUGGGAAAUAAUGCCGAUGAGCCCGAGAACCCUUCUCACACCGCCGAGACCCCGAUUGAGCGGGAGAUCCGUGUCCAUCUGGAAAGGGAAGAACUCCUGCGAAGGGAGAGAGGCCUGGGUAGUUUUCGAGGUACCCAGGAAUAUGUGGAAGUGUGCAUCAAGCCCAUCUUGAACCAAGGCAUGGCGUCCUCCAUGAAGCCGAAGGAGAAGGAGCGUCAGUGGGCUGGUGUCCAGAUGCAGAGGGAGAUUCAGCGGGAGUGUCGGCGUGAAGAGGACCUGGUGCAGUUGGGCAAGGUGAGAGGCACCUACGACCGUGGUACGCCCAAGGAACUGCAGGAGAAGAAGAUGAUUUUUGAGCAGCAGUCUCACCCUGAGACACCGGACUUCAAAAAGACAGUGCAUAACAGCAGCAGCAGCAGCUGCACAGAAAAUCCAAGGCGGCCCCCUUUUGGUGAGGUCAAUCGGAUGUCCAAUGUGAUCAUCCUGGACUCUGGUGUUUCAGCAGAACCAAAGCAGCAUUCGCCAGGGAGAGCCUCUUCGGCUAGUCCCUUCUUCUCCUUGCGUGCCAAAAGCCCUCAGUCUCUCUUGGAUCAGGAGGUCCGGGAAGUCCAGGAACGAGAACAGGAGCUGCAAAGGCAGAGGCUCGCCCUGUAUGGCUCAUCAUUGCCUUGCCACCCAGCAGAAGACUCCAAUGAAGCCGAGGAGGUUCCCUCUCUACAAGAGAGACCUUCCUACAAGAAACUGGAGGUCACUUGGCCCCCUCCAAGCACUGCAGAGAACGUUCAGGUGAAUGGCCACCAGGUGGAAAGAAGUCCUCGGCUCCUGCGUCGCCAGAGAAGUGCCUUAAUCCAGCGUUGGGAGUCUGGAGCUAUUGGCAAUGAGGAGAACCGGGAUUAGGGGCUGCCACAGCCUGAAGAAGCAAUGGGUUGACCUCCUUUCAUAAGAUACACGAGGGUUUCUCAAGGAGUGCCCCGCGCAAGCAUCUUUCCCAUCAUGCACUCCUUCUAUUCAGCCUUUUGAUUUGACCGAAACGUCCCAAAUGCCUGUCUGCAUUAUCAGUGUGAUCAUAAGCAGAAAAGAUCCUUAUGCUUGAUUGCCUUCUUCUGAGAUUUAGAUUGGAGCAAGAAGGGAAGACUACGGUUAGGCUGUGAGCUGUUCUGAGGGCUUACCUAAGCAGAAAGAUGGGUAUCGUUUUAGCAAUCGAUAAAUCAAGUUAUGCUCCAAACUCCAAAGCACCGCAGCUAUUAGUUUGCAUUGAUGUAGGGACACUUUGAAUGUCUCCUUUAAACCACUUUCUAUUCAUAACUUUUUCCCCCUACAUUUUAUAGUUUUGAUCCACAGGGUCCCACCACAUGCAAUUUUUUUUUUCAAGUAGAUCCAUGGAUGUGCAGGUACACUCUGAGCAAAGCUGGUUACCUGGAUGAUGUCUAGGUACACAAGACAGAGGAUUUACCUUUCGGUUUGGGAGCUUGGCAAUUAAAUGGUUGGCUCCCUGAGCUGAUUAUGUCUCUGGAUAGAUAUCCUCAGGAAAGAAAGGUGUUAGAUUACCAGUUCCUGUGUGACUGAUUCUGUCUUAUUCAACAUGUUGCAUGUGAGUUUUGCCCUUGGGUAUUUAUAUAGCACAAAAACAUAUGGUAGGAGCAAGACCUUCAUAUUACUCCAAUUCAUAGGGGAAAAACCGUAACAAAAUACAUACACCUUUGCAAAGCUCCCUUCUUGUUGCUUGUUUUACAGGAGAUGCUGGCUUCUGUUCGUUUUUUAAAAAAAAUUAAAGAUUAUUUUUGGGUAGGAGAAAUCUCAAAUUGCCGGGCUUUUAUAAACGCAGCAAGAAUCCCGGUCUUUAAAAUUAUUUCUUUGGCCCUAAAAGCUAAAAGAGCUAAAAGCCAUUUAAGGGAAAGAGUGAACUUGCUUAAUUAACUGUCAUUUAAAGGGCUAAAUCUAUAACAGCACCUCCUUUUGUAAGUAAAUGGGAUUUAUUGAAUUAACAGGGCAUUUAAUGCACAAUAAAAGCUGACUGGCAGAGGACUUCCUCUGCCUUGACUAUUAUGCCUAGGCUGUGUUUCUGCUUUGUGGCAACAGAGAAAUGCUUAUGUCAACAUCUCCAGCUUAAAAAGGUGGGGAAGGAUCCUAUUUCAUCUGGCUGGAGAGAGAGUCCUCCACAAAGGCUUGGUUUGCAGAGGAAACUUUACCUGUCUGACUCAUAAAACCACAUUUUUAUGAGGAAGCAACAGGUGGCUGAGAAAUAUGUACAAGUUGAUCUCAUAGAAACGGAGUUUUGGUCACAGGUUAAAACACUCACCGGAUUCUUCACUUGCCACACCUUUUUCUCACUUCUGAUGCCUUUAUGGGAUCUGAGUAUUGGAGGCAGUAUUUGAUCAAGUAAAAAAAAAAAAAGAGUAACCUCCUCCUCCCACCCCUAAGCCAUCCUUUCAGCCAGUAGAUUUAUUCUUAGCAGUGCCAUAUAAAAUGCUGUAAAUCAGUGUUUCCCAAACUUUUGACAUAUGUGUACCCCUUCUACAAUUCUCGUAACACUGAGUACCCCUCAUAAAAAACGCUGAGUACCCUUCAUAACUACAUUAAAAAAUGUAGUUAAUGAUUUUCACGCUUUCAUCCAGAAUUUUCUGUAGAUCAGUGGGCACCUUACGUGUUGCCAAAGCCUCUCUGUGUAUGCAACAAUGUGUGGGUAUGACAUUUGGAGCAACAUUUUGAAUUCUUGUCCUUUCUUAAUUCCGACCAUACUUUUUGCUCCAUCCGUGCUUAUUCCAACACAUCUAUUCCAAUCAAUUUUGUUCUCUUGCAUAAAUGUAUUCAUAACAUUAAAGAUAUCUUCUCCUGUUGUGAUAUUCCCACGUGAACCCCACCAAACUCCGGUGCAACGCGUACCCCCACCAAACUCUUCCCGUACCCCUGGGGGUACGCGGACCACCCUUUGGGAAACACUGCUGUAAAUGUUUCUUAAGAAUUUAUCCUACUAUUUAUAACCCUACCGCUUCUUAAAAUCAACGUGAAAGAAUAGCCUUUGUUAGAACCACUUGUUAUCAGGGGAGCUCAGCAGCCACACCCAAACUUUUCACAGCACUCCCUCCUAAACUCCUUCCCUUUGGUAAAAUUAGUUCUUGUUUUUUUUAACUCAGGCUUUUAAAUGAAUAAAACAAUGACUGUAUGAUCUCUGUAUGUUUUGCAAACCGCUCUUUGAUAGUUGGCAUUCUGUAAAUGUUUAAAUAAAUAAAAGGACAUUCUGUAACGUAGAAAUGGGGAAAAAAAGCCUUUUCCAGCCUGAAAUGAGCUAACAGGUUGGAGGUGGGAUGCUUGAACUCCAGGAUUGCCACUCCUUCUCGUUUGUUUAGUUUUUUUUGAGAAAUCAUAACCAACUGUAACCUUUAAUACUAAUAAUGAAUCUCCCAGCCUAUUCUCUCUACCCCCACCACCCCCAUCCCCUUCCUUGGUUCUCUGUGUUCUG